GUGACAGGCAGGGCCGUGCCGUGCCUGCCUUGCAGGGGAGCGGCGCCAUGGCCCUCGGCGCGCCCGCCGGCACCGACGCCUGCCUGAGCAUCGUGCACAGCCUGAUGUGCCACCGGCAGGGCGGGGAGAACGAAACCUUCGCCAAGAGAGCCAUCGAGAGCCUGGUCAAGAAGCUGAAGGAGCGCAGGGACGAGCUGGAGGCGCUGCUGGCUGCCGUCACCACCAGUGGAGCUCAUCCCAGCAACUGCGUCACGAUCCAGCGCACCCUGGACGGGAGGCUGCAGGUGGCUGGCAGGAAGGGCUUCCCGCACGUCAUCUACGCGCGGCUGUGGCGCUGGCCGGACCUGCACAAGAGCGAGCUGCGGCCGGCAGGGUUCUGCCGCUUCGCCUUCCACCUGAAGCAGGACAGCGUCUGCGUGAACCCCUACCACUACGAGCGCGUGCUGGCCCCUGCCGGUUUGAGCAUCCCGAGCCCAGUGCCCCCUGCGGUGAAGGAGGAGUUUGUCCAUGACUGUGUGCAGAUGGAGCUGAUGCCCGGCCAGGAGCAGGGGGGCACAGGGGCUCCUCGCUUGCCCCCCUCUGAGAGCUACCAGCAGCAGCUGCCCCCUCUGCAGCUCCCAGAGACCCCCCACAGCCCUGCCAGCCUCUGCCCUGCACUGCCCGUGGCACCCCCAGCAGUUCCAGGGGGCUCUCUGCUGCCCCUGCCCCACACCCAGGGCCUGCUGCAGGUCGCCUGCCCCCCCCCAGCCCCGGCACAGCCCCCCCUGCAGAACAGCUACCCCAACCCCCCUACCACAGUGAGUACUGGGGACACCAAUUGCCCCCAGCACAGUUCUGCGGUGAACUGGACCAGGACGGGAAUCUACACAGCGAGCUUGGGGGGGCCACAGCCGAGCCCCCCAGCACCACCCAGCAGCCAGAGGCACUCACAGCCCCCCCUGCAGCACCCCAGCCGCUACUGGCCCUCCCCCCGUCACUCUGUGCCCUACCAGCAGCCAGUGUCCACCCAUCCUGGGCCGGAGUUCUGGUGCUCCAUCGCCUACUUUGAGAUGGACGUGCAGGUGGGGGAGACCUUCAAGGUGCCCUCCAGCUGCCCUGUGGUCAUCGUGGAUGGCUACGUGGACCCCUCGGGGGGGGCCAGAUUCUGCCUGGGGCAGCUCUCCAACGUGCACCGCACCAGCGCCAGCGAGAGGGCCCGGCUGCACAUCGGCAGGGGAGUGCAGCUGCAGUGCCGGGGCGAGGGCGACGUUUGGCUGCGCUGCCGCAGCGCCCACGCCCUCUUCGUCCAGAGCUUCUACCUGGACCGCCAGGCCGGCAGGGCCCCCGGCGACGCCGUCCACAAGAUCUACCCCGGGGCCUACAUCAAGGUCUUUGACCUGCGGCAGUGCCAUCGGCAGAUGCAGCAGCAGGCGGCCACGGCCCAGGCUGCCGCCGCCGCUCAAGCCGCCGCCGUCGCCGGCAACAUCCCGGGGCCCGGCUCGGUGGGAGGCAUCGCACCGGCUGUGGGGCUGUCGGCGGCGGCAGGCAUUGGGGUGGACGACCUGCGGCGUGGAAAAAAGCACCCCACCCCAAAAAGCAGGACCCAGCCCGCAGAAGGCAGCACCAGACGCCAAACCAAGGAAGAGCACCCAGCCAGCCAUAGGCACAGCGCCCCCGACCAGCGACCCCCCAAGCACAACCCAACAAACAAGAAAAAGGCAGCUGACCGCAGAAGGCGCAACACCAAUAAAAAGCCGAAGCCCAGCCCCACAAAAAGAAGGCAGCACAAGAAUACAGAGCCCCAAGGAGACACUAGCCCCAAGCACACUGCAAAGCAGGACCAAGCCCACACAAAGAAACAGCCCCAACCAAACAGAAACAGCACCCAAGCCACGGCUCAAGCCACGGGCCCACGCCACACAAAAGAGGCAAGAAAGGCGCACCCAGGACAACAAAAAACAGCACCCAACGGAGCACACAGCACAAGCAAAGACAAGCUGGGCCCAGACAGGACCAGCAAUGAAGAAAGCAGCCACACAAAGGCAAGGCAGGAGAAGGAAGCCAAAAGCAAGCAAUAA